UGGACCAAUCACCGGGAGCCACGGGACUCUCUUUCGCCUGUCCGGUGCUGGAGGACAACACCGAGCGGAUCUGUUUGGAUUGUACCAUGUGAAGACUGGAAGGAGGGGGGGAGACUGCGAGGAAUUAAAGGACUACCCUCUUCGAUAUGAACCUCUCUCGAAAUACAAGUUUUAAUCACUCGACGAGAAUGAAUCUACGACUCUCCGGUCGGGAGGCUGUGAAACAGAGCGGGGUCGGGGAGAAAGUAGAUGGCUGAGGAAAGCGUUUGGCUGCUGGACGCUGGGCUGGGGAGAUGUUCCGAACAGCCAUCAUGAUGGCUGCCAGCCUGGCCUUGACCUCUGCAGUGGUGGCGCACGCCUAUUAUCUUAAGCACCAGUUCUACCCGACGGUGGUGUACCUGACGAAGUCCAGUCCCAGCAUGGCGGUGCUGUACAUUCAAGCUUUCGUCCUGGUGUUCCUAUUAGGCAAAUUCAUGGGCAAAGUGUUUUUUGGACAGCUCCGAGCAGCGGAAAUGGAGCAUCUGCUUGAGCGGUCAUGGUAUGCAGUGACCGAGACCUGCCUUGCCUUCACAGUCUUCAGGGAUGACUUCAGCCCCCGUUUUGUGGCCCUCUUCACUCUCCUCCUCUUCCUCAAGUGCUUCCACUGGCUGGCUGAGGACCGUGUGGACUUUAUGGAGAGGAGCCCAAACAUUUCCUGGCUCUUCCAUUUUCGCAUUGUCUCUCUGAUGCUGCUCCUGGGCAUUCUGGAUUUCCUGUUUGUCAGCCAUGCCUACCACAGCAUCCUCACCCGGGGAGCCUCCGUCCAGCUGGUCUUUGGCUUUGAGUAUGCUAUCCUCAUGACGAUGGUGCUCACCAUCUUCAUCAAAUACAUCCUGCACUCCAUCGACCUCCAGAGCGAGAACCCUUGGGACAACAAGGCCGUCUACAUGCUCUAUACAGAGCUCUUCACAGGAUUCAUCAAGGUCCUCUUAUACAUGGCCUUCAUGACCAUCAUGAUCAAAGUGCACACCUUCCCGCUGUUUGCCAUCCGACCCAUGUACCUGGCUAUGAGGCAGUUCAAGAAAGCUGUGACAGAUGCAAUCAUGUCCCGCCGAGCUAUUCGCAACAUGAACACCCUGUACCCCGACGCUACUCCAGAAGAACUGCAGGCCAUGGACAACGUGUGCAUUAUCUGCCGGGAGGAGAUGGUAAUGGGUGCAAAACGCCUGCCUUGCAACCACAUAUUCCACACCAGCUGCCUGCGAUCCUGGUUCCAGCGCCAGCAGACCUGUCCCACGUGCAGGAUGGACGUCCUCCGAGCCUCCCUCCCCACUCAGUCGCAGACGCCCCCUGAGCAACAGGAGGGAGGGCAGCAGCCGCCGCAGCAGCAUCAGACUCCACUGAUCCCUCAGCCGCCAAACUUUCCCCAAGGCAUCCUGCCCCCUUUCCCUCCAGGGAUGUUCCCGCUGUGGCCGCCCAUGGGCCCCUUCCCUCCAGUGCCUGGCGUCCAGCCCCCCAACAAUGCAGACAACGCUUCAGCAGCCACUCCCUCCACCUCAGGAACACAGACGUCAGCAGGCGCCUCGAGGCCCAGUGGCGAUUCAGCAUCCGGAUCAGACACCGCGGCCCCUGCAGGGACGGUGCCUGGUUUCGCCUUCCCUCCGCCUUGGAUGGGGAUGCCGUUCCCACCUCUCUUUGGUUUCCCUCCGAUGCCGGUACCACCAUCUGGGUUUGCUGGGCUGACAGAGGAAGAGCUGCGGGCCAUGGAAGGCCAUGAGCGGCAGCAUUUGGAAGCCCGUCUCCAGUGCCUGCAGAACAUCCACACACUCCUUGACGCUGCCAUGCUGCAGAUCAACCAGUAUCUCACUGUGUUGGCAACGAUCGGGACACCCCGAACUGCGCAGCCACCAAGUGCCCCAGCUGCUUCAGCACCCCCUUCGGAGACCCCCAGCCCUGUCCCUGGCACAAGUGAACCCGCCACCACCACUUUCCAGUCUGCAGACAGCACCUCUUCACCUGCAGAAGAGAGAGACGUGGCAGAUCAAGCAGAUCUGUCCCCAGCAGCAGCCGGUGCCAAGGCCUACACAGAGCCAUCUGGCCAGGAGCAGGAUGGAGCUCAAUCUUCCCCAGAGGAACCAGACACUGCAGAGCUGCGCAGGCGCCGACUUCAAAAACUGGAAUUUCCUCCUUCCUCCUCCCAUUGAUGUCCCUGCUGCCCCCUCCCAGCCUGUGCUAUUUCUUUCCCUUUUCCAAAAAAAAAAAAAAAGAAAAAAGACGAAGAAAAGCAACAUGCGGUGAGAGAAAGGAGACCUGGAUGCCUUUUACUUGCGCUACUGAGUGCUGAUGCGAUACACGGCCGCCUAUGGGGAGGGGGGGCCACACUUUUCUGCAGGACCGGAGAGGGUGGGAGGGGGAUGCGCCUCCAAAACUUGACUCUGCCUUGAUUUCUAACUCUUAAAAGAAAGUGACUGUCCAUCCUACAACAUAGACCAGUCUUAUUCUGACCCCCUCGCAGAAGGACAGCAAUGCCUCUAGUUCCCAAGUCUGUCUCGUCUCAGCCAGACGGACUCUUACACCACGGGAGCAGCCUGAGGAAGGCCCUCCUUCCCUUUUGCACACCUGGCUGAAAGGGUUUCCCCAUCAACAGUUUUGGAGGGUGGCUUCUCCUGCGGGCAGCUUGUUUCUGUUUGUUUAGUUCUCCAUUUCUGACUCUGCGGCGGGAUUUUUAGGUGGGUCCUUCGCUGGAUAUUUCUGAGCAAAGCAGCCUUUUCAAUUUUGGGGUGGGGGCGUGGAGGCCAACUGAAUGGAACAUAUGCUUGACAUUUUUGUAGAUGCUUUUUCACAGUAGCUGUUUUAAGGCCACAGCAUCCCACCACAAGGUCUUUUUUACCCUCCCAAACAAACACACACACCCCCUGGGGAAACGGCAGGUCGCCUCAAUGCUUAAUUUUGCUGGCUCUCUCUGAGCUCAGGUUGAGAGGAGGCAUAUUCUUGGCAGCAGAGAGUGUGAGUCUGUAGCGAUUGCUCUCCCCUCUCUCUGUGGGCAUACGGCUUGCGAUUUUAAAACUAUUUCGUACUCCCUUACCUGACUUUUAAACAAGGAUUCCUCCAAGCAGCAGUAGAUGGAGAGGAGGUCCUGGGGUCCUGCUGUGAGAGGGUUACAGGGGAAGAUGGGAUGUGCCCUCCGAGGUGGCCACCCGUCUACCUUGCCCCUCUGCUGCUUCAAAGGGCUAGAACCAGGUGUUAGUUGACUUUCGGCUGCAGCCUGUGUGGGCCUUGCAAUGCCUAAUCCAGAGUCCCAAGUUCUGAGCACGCACAAUAUGUGGCAGGCUGUGGGUGUAAUCCUGAGAAAGUUAGAACAAAUGUAAGCGCCAUAGGACAUCUGAUAGCAUCUGAAAGCACGUUGGUUAAGUAGAACGUCAGCCACCGAGUCCUCCCAGUGGUGGUUUGCGUUUCCAGUUCUGGCACCCUCUUCCUCUGCUUCCAUUAAUUCCAGGUUUGCCUGCUCUUCUUUGCAGCCCCUGUUCACUCUCUCUUUUCCAAAUGCUCAGACCCAGCAAAUGCUUAUUUGAGAGUCGCCACAGGCAACAGGCCCUCCCCUUCCUCAGCUCCUGAAGCUGCCGGCAUUGGGGAACAGGCCUUUUGAGACGUUCCUGCCUGUGUCUGUCGGGCUUCAUUUCUGGGAAUAACAACGCCUCCUUUCUGGCGUUUUCACAAUAAUGUCCAUCAGCUUGUGGAUCCCAGCUACGCCUAAUCAAGCUGUCUGAAAGGCAGCAGGGAGAGGAGCAGAGCCUGUGAUGGGGCUUCCCUUCCCAAAGGCAGGGCCCCCAUGUUAAAAGAACAGGCAGUUUUCAGAAACUAAUUGAGAAAAGCAGUGUGUGCUUUUCCCCUGCACUUGGGACCCCCAUGCUGUAAACAGUCUGAAACUGUCAGGCUCCCUCUGGGGUCCCUGCUCCCCUGCAGGGUGGAAAAUAUUGUCCUGUCCCUGAGAUGGUGCCAAGGGUCUCCGCCCCUUCUCACUGAAACACCCCAUGCUCCCAGCAAAAUGCUGAAUUGUUCAGCUCAUGGAAUAUGAAAUCCCACCUCCUGGCAAGAUGCCUGCUUAAUUCUGUUUUCAUUCCUGGGACACCACCUGUAGGAUCAUCUAUAUUUGAUGCUAGACUGCCUCAGAUUUCUUCUUUUUCAGAGAAACUGGGCCAUCUCCCUGUAACUUCCAAGUUGUUUUGGGGUCUGAGUUGUCCCACUUCAAGACAGGUUAGGGCAUUGUGACAUGCAGUAUUCACGUUUCUUACUCGGCAGAAGAGGAAGAAACCAAUCAGUUUAGAUUUGAGGUGGUGGUUGUGGGAAGAGUCAAUGGGAAGGGUGGCUUAAAGUAUUGAUUUCAAUAAAAGACUUUGAUCACGGUUCAUGUUAGCUUCAUCUUUCCAAAUUUUGGAAAAGCCUUCUGAGGGUAGUUCUCCCUUUGUCCUCUCUGCUCAGUAAAACUAAGGUGGAUUUACAGAAUUCGCAGAUAGGAGAAAGUUAGCACGUGCCACGCUUUGUAAUAAGGUGUCCUAAAUCUGACACAGUGGGCACAUCUCUGCAAACCACCUGCCCCUUUGAGGAAGGCAAGAAGCAAUGACUGACAACCUCCUGUCCACACCUCCCCUGCGAAUCCAAUUUUGUAACAUUGGGAGGAGAACAUGGCUCCCGUCUCCUUUUGGAAUGUGCAUUGGCAGUAUGUGGCUAAUGUUAAGAAAGUUGGCAUACAUCCCCCAGGAGGUAGAAUGUUAUGCUCUAAUUAUAGCAUUGAAAGACUAUCUGUAGUAGAGCAGUUUUGGACAUGGACCCUCGUACAGCCUUUCUGUUUCAGGAACCUCUACAUGUGCAAAUAAUAAUAAUAAUCCUGAAUCAAGUACAUAUCACCAUCUUGGAAGAUGUCCAGUGACCUUGUCUUGAUGCCUGGCGAGAGUUUUUUUGGGUGGGAGAGCUUGCUGUGGGUAGCACAAGGCAGCCGGGUUGAAAUCUCACCCUUCAAAUUCCUUCCUGCCCUUUCUAUGCUGUGUCCUGCUAACCCAGGGCUGUUAUCCAUUACCCCCCCCCAUUUCCCACAUUGUGCUGUGGCCUUUCUGCCAGUACCCUUCCUUAUACUUUUACUUUUCAAGGAACCCAUAUUACAAUGCUUUGGAGGUGUGUUACAUGUAAGCCCAGAGAUGGGGAACCUGCCAACUUUUCAUGUCUUGUUGGACUUCCAACUCCCAUCAGCCAAAGCCGGCAGUCAGGGAUGAUGUGAGUUGUAAUACGGCAACUUUGGGAGGAUUGCCGGUUCCUCACUGGGGUAUAAUUACUAGAGCCUCUUCUCUUAAGGGGGCAGGCAGGAUUGAUGGUCUGACCCCAUCAGUUUAGAUUCUGCCAGGGGGUGCAGUUGGUGGCUCUCCCUUCCAUUUGCUAUGCGGGUUUUGCCUAGGCCUAGGAAUGAACCUGAGAUCAAAUAAUGCCAUUGUAUAGCACUUUGAAGCAAGCUCGGCCACCUGCUUUUUCAGUGAGUGAAUGCCAUCGCUCAGGUGUGCAAUGGAUGUGUUCCCUUCUGCAGCAGGAAAGGGAAAAUUUAGAGGAGCAAAAAACCAAGACACACACACGAGUGACAGCACCUGUAAUUCAGGUGUGGGGAACCUUUCGCUCUCAAGAUCAGUGUUUCCCAAACUUGGGUCUCCAGCUGUUUUUGGACUGCAAUGCCCAUCAUCCCUAGCUUGCAAAGACCAGUGGUCGGGGAUGAUGGGAACACUAGUUCAAAAACAGCUGGAGAACCCAAGUUUGGAAAACGCCGAUCUAGAUGUUGCUGAUGUCCCUGCAAGCAGGUGGUGACUGAGAGGAUGGAAACUCUUACUCAGCAACAUCUGGAAGGCCAAAAUUCUCCAACACCUGCUGUAAACAGAAGAAAAGUUGGCAGAAAGGGUAGAAGUAGGGGAGAGAGGUGUGCUUGCGAUUGCUGUGUCUUGCCAGUGGAUUUUCCUUGCUCCUGGCACUGCACACAGCCCGUCAUGGAGGCUGUGAUUUGAAAUGGAGGAUUUGUUUCCACACAAGUGACCCCCUGAAGACCAACAGGCAUGCAGAACCUGUGAUGUCGCUGGACUCCAACUCCCCAUCUCUCUGAUCAGUGGGAGGUGGAGCCCAGCAACACCCAGAGGACCGCAGGCUCCCCUAUCCCUGACUUACAAGGAGGCUUUGAGUUUUUGUGGCCUGUUUGCAGCUGCUCAGCAUAUUAUAUUACCCAUAUGAUUCCCUCCCCUCCCUUUUUUAAAAAAAAGCUUUUGAUUUUGUGUACACUUUCUCGAGAGCCAAGUGGCCUUUUCCCCCACACCUCCAAAAACACAUUUGAAAGUGGCCAGAUUGUGUUACCUUCCUCACAGCCUCUCCUGCAACUUUUCAUGGGUUUUGGAACAGAUAAUUACAUGCAUUUUAACAAAGCAGCCUCCCAGGUUUGACUUCUGCAUUCCGGGUCUUAACCAAAUGAGAUGGCUAGUCAAAGGGAUAGCGGAAAUCCUACAGCUGCUGGAUUCCCCCUUUACAUAAAUAGUGGGAGCGGGAAAUGGUAUUUUGUAAAAGCGGUUGCCAUUUUGUUGUUGUUUACAUGUCAUAUUCAUUGGGUUUUAUCCAAUGCCCAUCAUGGCUCUGAAUGGAUCAGCCCGAGUAUGACCUGGAUUAAACCUGUAAUACGUCAUUUAAGAAGAAGAAAAAUCUGUUUUCAAAUUGUGUCACCUGGGAGAAGGGACUUGCUUUGGGAAGAAUCUAUACCUCUGUUCUCAUUUCUUAUUUUUAACAUCAGUGGUGUUCAGUUGGCUCAGGGUCCUUUUGAAUGCCACAAAUAAUAAUUACUAUUUUUGUCAAACUUGGCUCCUUUAGGAGUUGAUAUGAACGCUGUGUGUUAACAUGGAGGUGAAGGAGGUUCGGAUGAUAAUUUAAUUUUUUUGUAAAUAUUGUAUAAUUUUUAAUAGCUUGAACCGUGUAUAUACGUCAAAUAAAAACUUGCAUUAAAAA